AUGGCCAUCAGCAGGAUCUCCAUGGGAGCUAAGCGCUUAACCCUGCUACUAGCGUUUGCGUGUCUGACAUCCCUGCUCUCUGUGCGCGUGGAAGGGAAGGAUAUUGUAGUGGGUGACGAAAACAACUGGAAACUCGGUUUUAAUUACACGGCCUGGGCAGAAACUAAAACUUUUAAGGUUGGGGACACCCUGGUGUUCAAUUAUGGCAAGGGAUCCCAUAAUGUACAAUCUGUAAGCGGAGCAGCAUUCAAAGAUUGCAGUACGGGAUCAGACGCUGUAUCAUUCGAAAGUGGAGAGGAUCGCGUUCCAUUGAAGACGGCUGGGAAUAUGUGGUUCUUAUGCUCUGUGGGAAAGCACUGCCAAAAUGGCAUGAAAUUUAAAAUCACUGUUUUGCCGGCAGAGACAGCACAGGCCGCCCCAUCUAUGUCUUUAGCUGCGUUUGCGUUCACGGUUGUCAUUCUCGCCUGGAUGGCGGUUUUUCUCCUUUAA